CCUCUAAUUUAAUGUCAAUCUCAAAUAGUCCUGUAGCGCCUCCAUGUGGACAAGCUGUACUAUCCACAUUACUGGACCGUGCAUAUUUUCACCUUGGCGUUCACGUGUUCACUUGCCUCCUGAUUUGAUGAGAGACACAGUACACAUACGGUGGCUGUUUGCAUCAUAAGGCUCAUGUGACAUCACAGGAACUGCAAACUGAUGACAUCAUAAAGACGGACAUGCUUCCUCUGAUUGACCAUUAUUAUAUUAGUGUUAAUAGCUCAGAACACCGUUGUCUGCUUCAUUAAAAUCACCUAAAAGAGACACAAAUGAACAAUCGGCAUUUGAGUGUCAAGGAGGACGACCUCUAUUCGGGCUACAACGACUAUAAUCCACUUUUUGACUGCAAGGAGUUGGAAAACGAUGCCAGCUUCCAAGACGCAAUCAAGAGCAAUCAGGGAAAAAGAAUACAUUUACAACCAAUCAACGGACAACUUGCUGACUCUACCACAGGGGGGCGACCUUUAACGUCUUCCUCAGGAUGUCGUACUCCCGUGCCAUCAUCAGUAAGUCGACCAAUGACUGCAGCCGUGCAGAGUGGAGCAGCUCGCCCCAUGUCUGCAAUAAGUGCUGCAGGUUAUUCGUCCUCUCCCACACGAUCAUGCUCAAACUUUGAUCCUCUGGGCCAGUGUAGAGGCCCUGCACCCCCACUGGAAGAAAAGAAAGAUGACACGCCGGAGGAGAAGAUCAAGCUCUUGGAGAAGAAUGUGAACGACUUGAUCACAGAGAGCUGCAUGGCGCAAAGCAUGGGCAACUCGCAACUGGCUCUGGAGAAGGCCAGAGAGGCCGGAAGGAAGGAGAGAGCGCUGGGGAGACAAAGGGAACAGUCUGGAAACGCAGAGCAAAUCAAUGUGGAUCUCACCUACGCCGUGAGUGCGGCAACAAUCGGGCCCCGUGUGUCAUCGUUGCCUGUUGACGCGUGCCCUUGUCUCGUCUCUCAGGUUCUGCUCAACCUGGCUAACCAGUAUGAAAACAAUGAGAUGUACCCAGAGGCCCUGAACAGCUACCAAGUCAUCAUCAAGGACAAAAUGUUUGCUAACGCAGGGCGUUUGAAAGUGAACAUGGCCAACAUCUGGGUCAAGCAGAAGAACUACCCCAAGGCCAUCAAGCUGUACCGCAUGGCGCUGGACCACAUCUCGGACGACUACAAAGAGAUGAGGAUCAAGAUCAUGCAGAACAUCGGCACCGUCUUCGUGCUGCUGGGCAAGUACUCGGACGCCGUGGCGUCCUUUGAGCAUAUCAUGAGCAAGAGCGCCAACGUCAGGACUGCCUACAACCUGGUCCUCUGCUACUACGCCAUCCGCGACGCCGACGGCAUGAGGAACGCCUUCCACAAGCUCCUCGCCAUCCCACUCCGCGUGCAGCACGAAGACAAGUACAUCGCAGCUACGGACGACAUCAAAUCCAACAUGUUGUUGGAAGUCAUCAAGAACGACAAGCUGCACAAAAUGGAGAGAGACUUGAAAGCUCGUGCCGACAACUACGUAAUGACCUCUGCCAAGCUCAUCGCUCCGGCUAUCGAGGCUUCUUUUGCAGCUGGAUUUGACUGGUGCGUCGACUCGGUGAAGAACUCCCCUUAUGCGGAGCUAGCCAAUGACCUCCAGUUGAAAAAGGCCAUGACCUUCUUCAGACAGAUGCAAUUUGACCAGGCCAUGAAAAUUCUGAAGGAAGUUGCCAAGCAGGACAGCAGAGUCAAAAGCGCCGCAGCCAACAACCUCUCCAGCCUCUUCAUCCUGGAGAAGGACUACAAGCAGGCCGAGCACUACGCCGACCUGGCCAUAAAUGCGGAUCGCUACAACCCGGGAGCCUUCGUAUGCAAAGGCAACACGGAGUUCGUCAAGCAGGACUACGCCAAAGCGGCAGAGUUCUUCAAAGAGGCGCUGAGGAACGACUCCUCCUGCACCGAGGCCCUCCGGAACCUGGGUCUCACGUACAAGAAGCUGAAUCGUCUGGAGGAUGCGCUGGACUGCUUCUUGAAGCUUCACGCCAUCCUCAGGGACAGCGCCGAGGUCAUGUAUCAGCUGGCUGACACCUACGAGCUCCUGGAGGACCCCCACCAGGCGGUGGAGUGGCUGAUGCAGGUGAUCAGCGUGGUCCCCAACGACCCCAAGGCUCUGGCCAAGCUGGGCGAUCUGCACGACCAGGAGGGGGACAAGUCGCAGGCCUUGCAUUACUACUGUGAGUCAUUCAGGCUGUUCCCCUGCAACAUGGAGGUGAUCGAGUGGCUGGCGGCCUAUUAUGUGCAGACGCAGCUCUACGAGAAGGCCAUCCACUACUUUGAAAGAGCCAUCCUCAUGCAACCAAGUGAGGUGCGGUGGCAGCUGAUGGUGGCCAGCUGUCAGAGGAGAAGCGGAAACAGUCAGAAAGCUCUCGAAACCUGCAAGGAAAUACACCGCAAGUUCCCGGAAGAUUUGCAAUGUCUCCGCUUCCUGGUGCGGCUGUGCCAGGACAUGGGCCUCAAGGAAGUCCACGAUUACACCAGCAAACUCAAGAAGGUGGAGAAGAUGAAGGAGCUCAGAGAGCAGAGAGCCAAAGCGGACCGAGAAGGAAGUACAAGAAAUAGAAGAACAGACAGUACAGACGCCACGACUACUGGGGAACGUGGGGUUGCGCCUGUGAUGUCACUUCCCGCUUCCGGCGAGCCUUUAGAGACUAGCGGCAGCCCCAAAGAAUUGGAUGCGUCUUAUGCGGACCCACUGGGCCCCCUUGCCAACCAGCCCAGGACCGGAGGAGUCAAGAAGCGGGUGGAAGACGACGUCUUUGCCGGAGAGGACGUCGGAGACGAGCUACUGCCCGAUUAGAAAACCACAUCAUUGUGUUUGUU